CUUUCGACCGGUCAGCAUCAAUUGAAACGAUCAGUUCGAGAAUAAAAAUCGGCCGCCCGGAACGGAUUUGACCAUUUUAGGAACGCGGAUCUAGGCGUGUGCUUGAAAAGGCUUUUAAAAUCUUGUGUAGAACGAAGAGUCAAUUUGUUUGAAUAGUGAAAUCAAGCCCCGGUCGGAAAAGCUGUGCAGAAUAAAAUAAAAUGUGCCAUUUUCACCCCUUUUCAUGGCAACAGAGGAAGGAAAGCACAUUUUACACGAAAAAGAUUGUUCGUGCCGAAAGCUGAACUAAAGCGGAAGAUAGCGCAGAGGAGAUACCAAAAUUAGAUUUAUGGAUUUUUAAGUGCUUUAUUGUAUAAAGAUUUGCGGGUACGCGAUUUCGGCUUGCGUGGGCUCCCUCGAGCUUUUCCUGCAGCUGCAGUAUUCCCCAACUCCAUUCUUUGUCGAGUUGUUUUUGCAAAGGAAACGCAAAGAAACGGUGAAGAAGUGUGAACACGGUGCAUAUUUGCCGGGAAAAAGGAAAAUCCGCGCUAUCUUACAAGUGUUGAAGCCAUGGAAGUAACUGCCAGGAAACGAACAAUGCCACGAGGAUAUAUAAGCUUAGCCAGAUAUUGUCUCCUGGGCGCAAUUCUUACAGCCGGCGCCGGAGCAUCUUCGUCACCGUUUGGGUUGAUGAGUACCGUGAUGCUGAACCCAGACCUGCUCGAGAUGCUGCGGAACGGUGGCUUCGACACGCGACAACCGGCCCGUAUCUUCCUGCCGCCAAAGUUUUACUCGUCGAUCGUGUUCGACAGCGGCCACCGCAACCCCGAGGAGGUUUUCCGCACCAAUCUGGAACUUAUGAUGGAAGCCGCCUACGACGACGCCAGUCGAACCCCAUUAUCGACAGCAACCGCAACCCGGCUCCAGCAGCACCGACCCAACUCGAUUUCGUAUUCUAACGGAGGCGCCGGAAAUCGCAAUAAAGGAAGCGGAGCAUUAGAGAAAAAUGCUGUAACAAAUUUCAAAUCGACGUCCUUGCCAGCGGCGUCGUUAGCACCUUCAACUUCUUCUUUGACAUCGUCAAUCGUUCCGGGGGAUCGGAACCGGGCAAGUCCCGGCACAAGCUGGGGAGGCAGUGAUGAUGGUGGUGGAGGUCAGAACGGUUACAAUCUACGCUCGACGCUUCCCGGGGAGCCAGAUGUCGAUUAUCCCAUUCUGGGACGGAUUCCCGAGACGAGCUUCAAGUGCCAAGGAAGGCACGAUGGUUAUUACGCCGACGUCGAGGCCCGCUGCCAGGUGUUUAUGUGCGCCAACACGGACGAAUCGGGCAACGGGUUUGCCUUUCUGUGCCCAAAUGGGACACUUUUCAACCAGCGGUACUUUGUCUGUGAUUGGUACAUGAACGUCCAGUGCGGUGAAAGUGAGCGAUAUUAUGCAAAGAAUGAGCAACUCAGCAAAAAUACUGCCGACUUCGGCAAAAUGAUGGCCUCGGUAAUGUCGAUGGUGAGCUUCCCGAUGAUGACCUCGUUACUGGCAGCAGAUGACGGUGGUGGCCAGGGGGGUGGAAAGUUAGAUUUUCCUCCCAACGUGCAGCAGCAGGCAAACCGAGCGAACGUGUUCGGUUCUGGCUUUAAUGGAGGAUUCGUAGGGCAAGGAGUUCAACCUUUGGCGGAGAUUGGAAGGGGAGAUGUUUUUCAAUCAAAAUUCAAUAAGGGAACCACCACUUACGGGGUUCGCGGAGGCGAUGGAGGGCAGGAACAGUCACGCUUGGUAUCUCCUCCUUCUCGGGUGUCGGGGCAAGUGUACGUGUCUAGUUUGGGGACACUUUCCACCGACCCCCAGUCCGGGUUCGACCCGACCAAGUCAGCCUUCCUUGGUUCGCCGAUUGGCCGUGAUCUGUUACCACCCAAGUUGGAAAUUGGCAAACCCUCCUUAGCCCUCCCAGCCCAGCCUCCUGGUGUAGUACAUCGACAGCGUCUUGACGAAGAGAUCCAUUCCCUGCCAAUUCCGGACGUCGAAGUGAAGCUCAUCAUGGCCAAAUUGCUCAAAAUGUGGACCGCGGCAGGUUAUGCGAAAAUGCCAACACCCAGCUAUCAACCGAUUGCGCCGAUCCUGCCACCGUCGGGAGUGCUUCCACCGUCCUCUACGGCAUCGAUCAACUCAAGGAGAAUUCUUUCGAAUGCCGUUCCCAACUCACAAAUCAUUCAAACCAACCAAGUGCAGCACAAUCCAAAUCCAAACCCGGUGACGGUACAGAAUGUGUACCGCGUAAAUAAGGCUUUUGUUACGCCGGAAGUGUACUACCCAAAUCCGAGCUAUUUUGUUCCGACCACGACCAGUACAGUGUCGAGAGUUGGUUCAACGAGAUAUUCGAAGCCACAGUUGGUUUCCCGCAGAAGUGAUAUUUUCGUUCAACCUGCCGCUUCCUAUUCUACCGGGAGUAGAGGGAUCGGCUACGAAAUUGAGGUUGUUCCAGCGGUCAGUUACUAUCUGACGAAUAAUCAACAGAGGCAAAACAGCUACCGUCGGGGUCACCAACGGGCUUUGGCGACACCAAAAGUUUUCCGAGGAUAUAGUGACAGAUUCUCGUCGUACAAUGUGCCCAUUGGCAGCAUAGGACCUUAUUAUGUUGUUAAUAAUUGAGAGGCUUUCCUAAUAAUCAUUGGAUGAAUGUAAUAAAUUCAUGUUGUAGUUGGUAUCUAACUUUUUCCCUGUACGUAUUAAUAAAUA